UAAUAUUUAAAAAAAUCAAUUAUGUUUAAAUAAAGAAUACCAAAUUACUAUAAACAUAUUGUCCAAUUGUUUACUAUCGCAUCAUAGAGUUAUUCCAAAUGGAUUUUUUCAUUGCUUCUCAAAUCUUGACAACUAUCCGGUAACUAGAAAGAGAAAGAAUUGGUAUUCGGCAUAUACUUUUGCACAAGUACGACCCAAGGAGAGAUAAAGGCACUCAGAAUAUAAAAAAGGAGGGGAAUAUCCUAUCGUACAAUAAGGGGAUAAACUUUAUCCGAUAAAGUCAUCUGAUCUAAAAAAAAUAGCCAACGUCGCGUCUAAUCCAUGAACCCACAGACAAGUCAUUGUCAUCACAAUUUUUCAAGUAUAAUCAAAAUCACAGUUAUUUAAUUAUCCAUUUUCGCAAAAAAAAACCCCUGGAAUUCGUAGGGUAAAAGAUGUCGAAGGAGUCGAAGACAGCCCUGAAGGAAGUGAAAACACUGAUAAAAGAGGGCCAACACAGUGAGGCCCUGAAGAUCUGUCAGAAACUGCUAAGACAAGACAAGACCAACUACCAGGCGUUGCUGGGGCUGGCAAGGGCGAUGUGGGGUCUGGAUGAGUAUCAAUCUCAGGUACCUCUGGCCUUGAAGAGAGCCAUUGAGUUGCAGCCGGACAAUCCGUUGGCCCAUCAAGGAUUAGUCGCCUACUACGAGAAGCAGCCGGAACGUCGAGAGACCUGGAGCGAGUUACUUCCCACAUACUGUAAGCUCCUGCAAGUGGACAGGACUUCUCCAAAGCUCCUCGCAUACAUCUCCAAGGUCUCACACCUGGUAGUAGCCCUGAGUGAUCAAGCCCUCACGACGCAAUCCAUCGCGGCCCUCUGCCUCCUCCGAGCCGAGGGCAAUGAGAAGAAAAUCGUGGACGAAUCCCUGGCAACAAUUUUCUUAAAAUUUCCAGAGCUCUCCCAGGAUCAUCCUGAAGCCUUUCUCUCCUCGAUGGCCUCCGUGACGGAGAAUGAGUCCUUUCCGCACCACCACGAGUGCUGCAAGAACUAUCUCAAGUCCCUCUUCGCCGCUAAAAAAUUUGACUGUCUCCUGAGUGUAGCAGCCAAGAUGCACCACACAUAUCCGAGAGAUCUGACACCACUCGAGUGGAUCUGCAGGGUUUACACCGAGCAGAAGAUCAUGGUGGGUCUAGAUUUUUGUAGGGACUUGCAAAUCGAUUUUUUUUACAACGACCUACUCCAGAUGAAGGAAAAUUCCUACAUGGCUAUCUUCGCAAAGGGAAUGCACCUAUGGCAGGAAGGCAAUCUCACUGAGGCCAGAGAUUUUCUUAAUCAUGCAGUUUCGUUGCAAUGUAAGCAGUUCUACGCGUGGAUUGCCUUGGCCGAGGUUAACGCGAACCUCUACUGUUGGGAAGAUGCAGAGGGCGCAAUACUGGAGGCUUCCAAAUACUUGAAAAACCAGAACGAGGCCUUGCAGACGAAAGCUGACAUGAUUUUUGUGGAAGCAGUAGUCAAGGGAGGCAAUAAGUCUAAAUGUCCAGAUGCUGUAGAGAUUUGCAGGAAAUUGAUGAAGACCGGUUCAUCCAAUAGAGUGACGAUGCUGGUGGCCAGGGCGGAGGCACUGCUGGGCAUUUCCCCAUCAUCGACCAUUUUAGAGGAAUUGGAGAGAGAUCCUGAGACCAGAAGAGAUGCUACGAUACUCAAAGCAAAAAUACUAAGAGACGAGGGUCGCCUUGAAGAGGCUGCAGACGUUCUAGGAAGUGUCCUGGAGACAGCAGAAACCUGGUUCAUGCUCGGGGAGAUCAACUGGGCCCUCAGAAACUUCAGUCAUGCUCUGAUGGCGCUAUUAAAGGGCGUGCAUGUCGAUCCUAAUCACUGGCAAUGUCUCCUCUACCUUGGGCAUUACUACAGGGAGAGGACGGGCGAUUUAGAAAAGGCGAGAAAAUGCUACCAGAAGGCCCUGCGAAUAAAUCCGAAUAGCAUAGAGGCAGGGGCGCGUCUGAGCACCGCUUAUCGAUUGCUGAAGAACAGCGAAGCGAAUAUGCAGAUGCUCCAGCGUGUGACCACUGCUGAUGGUGGUGGUCCCAAAUGGGCCUGGCUACAACUGGGACUGCAGCAAUUAGAUGAAGGAAAAAUCGUUCAGGCAAUAAAAUCCCUAAGGUAUGUGAUAAGGGCUGAUCCAAACGACAAUCACUGCUGGGAAUCGCUGGCGGAUGCUUACUGGGCACGUGGGGCUCACACUUCAGCUCUCAAGUCAUAUCAACGAGCCUUGGAGCUGUCGCCAGGCUCUCUCUACCCUAUGCUGCAGAUAGCUAACAUAAAUCUAGUACUGGGAAGGCACUUGGAGGCUAAAAAGGCUUUUCUCGAAGUACUUAGCCAGGAACGGAGGUAUAUACCUGCUCUGAAAGGGCUCGCAGAAACAUACUUGGGACUUGCAAGGGAGAAUUCCAGGGCCCAACUGCUGGGGAGGAGUUCAGAGAAUAUUCAACAGGCUGCUGACUGCCUCACGGACGCUAUUGUCGAGAAACCCAGUCUCUCAUGCUUGUGGAAGCUCCUGGGGGAUGCUUGCUAUAGAGCGGCGACUUUUCCACAGAAAUAUUGUACCUUAAAUGUGGCUGGGGGCCUUGUUCAGAAUCCUACGGAGAGGCGAGUGACGCUUAAGAAAACCGAAUUACUCAGUUUGUCUUCCAGGUGUUUCUGUCGUGCUUUGAGUCUUUCAAAGGACUCUUCUUUCCUCUGGCAUGAUCUGGCAUGUUGCUACCUCACUCAAUUACGGCUGGACUCGUCAGUUGACCUUUUGUCCACUGCUAAAAAAAGCCUCGCAGCUGCUCAACAAGCGGUCAAACUUAAUCCCUCCACCUGGGUUCAUUGGAACCUAUUAGGGGUAAUUUGCAUGACUGAGGAGAUCAAGAAUUACGCUCUGGCUCAGCACUGCUGGGUUAUGGCUAUCGACAGAGAACCCAACAAUGCCAUUGCCUGGACCAACUUGGGGACUCUCUAUCUUCAUCUAGGGGAUCCCUUUAAGGCUAAUGAGGCUUUCUCCAGGGCCCAGCGGGCUGAUCCAGAGUAUGAAAACAGUUGGAUUGGGCAGGGACUGAUUGCUGAAUCUGUUCAGAGGAAAGAGGCCAUGGACUUGUUCAGGCAUGCUACACAGCUAGCUUACCAUCCUCAAGCUGCUGUCGGCUAUGCGCACUGGGUACUCACCACUCUUCUUGACCCUAAUGCCAAGAAAGAUCCUCUUUACAAUUAUACUAUUGAAAACAUGCAUGCCAUUGCAAUGGCCAUCGAUGCAAUGACCUGGUGUGUCGAGAGAGUACCUGAUUCUGCCUUUAGCAGGAAUGCUUUAGGUCUACUCCUAGAACGUCAGAAGCUGCUGCGACCGGCAGCAGAGCAAUUUUCAAAAGCCCUCAAGCUCUCUCAUGACCACAAAGAGCACCAGGAUAAGAUUAGAGUGAACUACACGAGAAUUUUGGUGCAGCUGGGGGAGUACGAAAAAGCUGUGGAGAUCUGUCAGGGGAUCAAGACACCGAGUUUCAAAUCUCAUUGCCAACUGGCUCUGAGCCUUUUCAAAGCGGCGCGAUACGAAGAGUCUUACGACGCCUAUGGUACAGCCCUCCAGCAGCUGGCAGAUCCUGGAUCCGAUGAGGCCCACGUGCUGUGCGCCAUGGCAUCCAUGGCCUACAUGUUCCAGGGUGUGGAUCAAGUGAAGACGCUUCUUUACCAGUGCAUACAGAUUCAGCCUCCUAUUGUUGCUGGCUUGCUUGCCUCCGCAGCACUUGGCCUCCUUCACGAGGAUUACAAUCUUACCACUCUAGUUCUGAAGGAGCUUCAGGCUUACAAUGAUCAUCCUGAGUACAGACAUCACGUAGCUAUCCUCACAGCAUAUUCCUGUCUGAGUAAUGACGACGUGAAGGGCGCUGUUAGAAUCAUCUCCAAGGCGGUACACAGACAUCCUGAGGAUGUGGGUUCGUGGGUAGGCCUUGUAAGGAUCCUAUUGGAGACGAAUUACGCACAUUUUGGCAAUUGUGCCCAGAAGACACUGUUCCUGGGAAGAAAAACUUCCACUGUAGCUGUUGCACAGGUCGCCUGUAUCUCGUCCCUGGGGCAACUCGCCACUAACCUGGGGAGGGAAGGACUUCGAGCUGUGCAAAAGACUGUUCAUUCAUUCCCGGGGAGUGUCGAGAGCUGGGCUAAUCUUGUUGGUGCUCUUUCCUCAAGAUGUAAAGAGGAUAAUUCGACACCUAAUGCGACUUGGUUAGCUGCUCUUAUUCUAAAAAUUAGAAGACAACUCAAGAGUUCAUCCGUGAUGGACGAGUGGUUCACGAAUAACUACAAUAAAUUAUCGAAAACAGCAGCAGUUCAUUAGGUUUUGUAAUGACACGGAAUG